AUCAAACAUAUCAAACACAAGAUCAUAGGAAUUUGCAGGAGAUUGUAGAGAGUGCAGUGAAUAAAGCAAUGAAAGAAAAACAAUUUGAAGUGAUAAGUGUAUCAAAGCUGAGCGGUACCAAGAUGAGCAAAAUUGAGAAAACUAUGGGUUUUGAAAACAUGCGACUUAGUGUCAGAGAUUUCUCAGAUUAUUCAACUAUAGAGUGCGAUGGAUUCAAUUGGGAUAUGGACAAAGAUGAAGACAAACAAAUGCAGGAUGUCAAAGACUGGUUUGAAAAUAUAUUAAAAUUAGGAGAACAUUAUUCCGUCGAAGAUGUUCAUAAAUCUACAAAAAAAGAAGUAACAUUAGAUAAAGCUCGUACUAUAUUACGGGGUGGAACUGACAUUUGCAUUGGCCCAAGUCUAACAGGAUGCGUCUAUGUAGAAACAAAGAAAUCGCUCCAAGGAUUAAAAUUAGAAGAAUCUCAAGCUAAAGGAGAAUUACUUAUCGCAAAUGCAGACGUUGCGUUAGAUGUAUUGGUCGUAUUGACAGAUUGCAACGAAAAGUGGACUAUCUUUUUCAUAACCAAAGCUGAAAAUCCAGUCGAGCAAUAUUUCAUUGUAACUGCAGUAAUUGAUGACCGUGGCAAGGCAUUAAGUAUAAUCAAAAGUUUUGUUUUAGAACAGGGAAGCAAAUUUGAUAGCAUUAUGGGAAUGAAUAAGAGAGAGAGUUUAGAAAAAAUUAUAAAUAUUGAAGGACCAUUAUCAAAAAAGGCGAAGUUCAGAGAGGCUGUUAUAUUUUGUGAUGAGAGAAUGUUGGAUAUGAUUCCGGAUAUGACAGAAGAUGAAUUAUUUCGUAUGAAAAUGAGGUGGGAAUUAAAGAUGCUUGAAAAAUCAGUUUGUAUGGAUGAGAAACCUAUUAUACAACAGUACAUAUCAGCUUUUAGUGAUGAUUACGAAAAUCAUGAACCCUCUGGUUUAAUGUCAAUGUUUGCAUAA